GCGCCCAUCGAAACGUGCACUGAGCUGGUGGCCGUUGGCUCAGCACCAUGGAUCCAACGGCCUUCCUCGCGGUGCAGCGGCCGAGCCCACCAUGUGGCCAUGGCGGGCGGUGGCGAAAGAGCGGGGCAGCCGCGCAGAAAAAGGCCCUGGACUUCCGCCCCCUCGGCGCUACUGCCGCGCUGCGCAACGACAAGAAACCCUGCUGCGAGAGGAUCUGGACGUGCCGUGGCUUCAGUUUGCCGAUGGGCCAAGGGACGCCACGGACGUGACGGAGGCCACGGACUCCGGACGGGAGAUGGCGGAAAGUUCCAGUGUCAUCAAGCCGAAGACAACCAACACGCGGAUUUUGGAGCUCUGGCCAGGUAUUUCCGAUGCGUUGGUGGACUUUGGUGGUCUUCCAAUCCCACAAAGAUUGGCCGAUGCCUUGACGGAGCGAGGCAUUGUAAGCCCCUCGCCCAUCCAGCAGCUGGUCAUGCCCAAGUUGGCUCAGGGUGAGCAUAUCAUCGUCCAUGCGCCCACCGGGGGUGGGAAGACCUUGGCCUAUCUCCUGCCGAUGCUGGCGAGACUUCAGCCGACGAUGCACGUGGGAGUGCAGGCCUUGAUUUUUGUGCCUACGCCCGAGUUGGCGUUACAGGUAGGAAGGGAGCUGAAAUGGCUCUUCUAUGUGCUCUCGGGCGGUGCGGACGCCAUGUGUUGGUUCAACCCUCAAGUUCCGCAAGAGAUUGCCUGUCAGGUGCUUCUCUCUCGUUCCAACCUGUGGGAUGCGGUUCGUCAGGAUGCUGCAGUCAUGAUCUGCACUCCAGGGUUGAUCCUGUCGGAGCUACGCAUGCUGAAGUGGGAAGCGCGACGCUUCCGGGAGACGCUGGCGCUAUUUGUGGCUAGCAACGUGAACAGCAUCAUAUGUGAUGAGGUUGAUGCUUUGACCCCAGCUGUGACGCAGGGACGAGGCCCUAUGAAGUUGGGAGCAACCGAGCAUGUGGCUGGCUAUGUGUUAGACGUGGUGCGCAGCAGAUAUCGCAACCGCCCGGUGCAGUUGGUGGCUUCCUCCGCCACCUCCAACUCCAACAAGGUAGCUGCCUUCCUUGACCGCUUAAUGGAGAAGAAAUACCCCAAGCGCCGUGACGCCGGGCGCCGCGGCACCCCUGAGCUGAUCCAGGACAGCUCCACGCUGCAGCGGGUGGGCACCCAGGCUGGCCUCACGCGGAACGUCUUCGUGCCCAUGCCGCAAGGCAUUCAGCAUUGCCUGGCCCUGGUGGAGGACAAGGACAAAGGUCCCUUCCUUGGUCGGCCACGUUAUGAAGCCAUGGUGGAGAUUGUGAAGAAUCUCCCGGGCCCUGGAUCCAUCCUGGUCUUCGUCCCCGAACGGGUGAAACUGGAUUCGAUGGUCAUGUUGCUGCAGAAACGUGGCAUUCCCAACGUCUCCAAGUAUCGUGCAGAAGUUGGGCUGGGUCCAUCCACUGAGCAACUGAUGGACCUCAACUUCGACCAUACGCCCCGCAAAAGGGACCAUUGGAGGGCCAAACCCGCUGAGCAGGACAUCAACCCAUUGCUGGCUCUUCAGCAAUACCAGGAGUUCGUGGAUGACGUGAAUCAGGAAGAGUGCCGCCGUGUGCUGGUGGCCAAAAUGGAUCAGGGACGAGGCAUUGAUUUGCCCAACGUGAACUACGUGGUUUUGCUGGAGAUCCCAGACGCUUCCGGAGAUUACCUCCACUUAGCAGGGCGAACGGGUCGUAUGGGCCAGCCGGGCACAGCCAUCACCAUUUGCACUGAAGUGGAACGUAUGAACGUCAUCGAUGGCGUGGAGUUUCGCUUGGGCAUUGGCCUCUCCCAGUGGGACAUUGAAGCUGGAAAGAGCACCGGUCUGCCAGCCACGUCUGAAGAUGUGCCGAGCGAAGAAGUAAGAGAUAGUGAGGCGUCCAAUGAUGUGCCAGUUUGGUGUCAAUUUGAUGUGGUUUCAGCUGUGAC